CAUUACAGCAUCUAUUACCUACAGCAGCGUCUCUUGUCCUCAUGGCUGGAUUCAGAUGUGCUUUAUUUACAUUAUUAUGGAUAUUUUCUGUGGCUGGAGAAGUUCUGGUUGGAGGCAAUCUGCAUUUCACUAUCUUUGUACUUGUACACUACACAAUGACAAUAAAGACCCACAACAGUUGAUAGUGAAGCCUGGACAGGACGUCACUCUUCAGUGUCAGGCUCCCAGAGAUGCUGACAUCAGUAGGUUGACUUGGAGCAGACCUGACCUGGGGUCAGAUUAUGUCUUCUUCUUCAGAGAUGGCCGCAUGUAUGUAAACUACCAGCAUCCAUCAUAUCACGGUAGAGUGCAGCUGAGUGUUCCCGAGAUGAAGGACGGAAAUGUUUCUAUUGUUCUGAAGAACGUCAGCGCCAACGACACCGGGACGUACCAGUGUCGAAUUUUAAUCAGUGGGGGAGACGGACCUGAACUCAUCAACACCACCACCCUGAAUGUCACAGACUCAGGUCACACAGAUGGACGCACCGGGGUAGGAAGAGACACUGAUGGAGGAGACAAGGAUGGAGGAAGCAAGAAUGGAGGAAGCAAGGAUUUAAGAUUUGCGAAUGGUCUGGAAUUGUUGUUGUUAUUGUUGUUUUAUUGUUUGAUUAAUCCUUAAAACACGUAAAAGUAAGUGGAAGGGCUUUUUCAUAUUCAUAGUCCAAGCUAGAGUGAGAGAUGCCCUGCCCUGUAAUCAGACACAACAUAAUGGUAUUGAAUGUGGUUUGAAGCAUAUUUUAGCUUUGCACCUCCCCCCCCCACUAUCUUAGUCAUAAGCGGUGCUUUAUGAAUCCUGCGGAGGCUGCAGGCAGAGCGUUCUCCAUCACCUACAUAAGUAACCUGAAGUUUAUACGUUUACUUUUGCGUUGGUUAGUGCGUCGAUCUCAUUAAGAGAAUAGCAGGCCCUGCAUAUGUGUGUGUGUGUGUGUGUGGCUGGUAGAGUGACUGAGAAAGUGACUGUGAUUAUCUUUAGAGUGAGUAGCGACUCUAGAGUCAUCGUGAGAGAAACAAAGAGUCUCCCCUGUUCUUUCUGACCACAGUGGGAAAUGUGGAGAAGGAAAAGUUAACCCUCUCCUUGAUUUCAUGUUGUUUAUGGGGAAGGAGAACCAGGAAAUGAGUCGGCAGUGCUAACAAGCCACGGCCGAGAGACGCUCGUAGCUGCGUCAUUUUUUGACAGGUGCACGCCAGGCUACGGCGUAGGGUCAGUAUCUCCACGUACCUACGUAUGUAACCACAGAGUAGAUUUAACUUCAAGCAGUGCUUGCUGCGUUGGCAGGUAGAAACCGACUGAAGGUGCUGACACACCACAGAGACCGCCAGACGUCGGUCCAAGUUGGGCCUCGGCCAACCAGUGUUUAAAUGUGUUUGCGUCAAUGGGUGACUUGUGACUCUGGUGUGUAAAAUGCUUUGAGUCAUCGUUUACACAAGAAAAGCAGUAUUUAAAUGGAUAAACAUAAUUCAUCUUCAUCUCACCUGAUCAUUCUAAUACACAUAGAGCUGUCAAAACUGGCCAAACAUGAUGUUAAAAUGUUUUUUUCUAAAAGACCACAGAUGUUCGAACUAUCUAUCUAAUCUAUUUUUCACAUUACGUGCAUGAGGGCAAGCGUACAACGACAUGCAUAACUACUUAUACGUAUAUUUAUUUCAACAUAAACAUGCCUUUUAAAGAUCUACAUUAUUAUUAUUUGAAAUCUCUUUCUCUGCACCGUGGUUGGUUCUACUGAGAUAACAAGAAAUAUUACUGUAACGCUCUCCUUUUCGGAUUUCCUCACAAAUCCCUGGGACUGAAGCAUAGGGUCUGUGCUGCUGCUGAUCUGGGCAAAUGUGGUUUAGUUAAAGCUAUUCUAGUAAUGGGUUAUAUAUUACUUACGCUUGCUGGCAUGAAAUAUGUAGGUUAGCUUUUUGUGACAUUUUAAUAAACUUUGAACAACGACCUACAGUAGCCUAUAUAUUUGGGGUAAAUGAUCACAUUUGACAACAUUGCAGCAGUCAGUAGAUAAAGUACAGGAAACUGCAUGCAGAAGACUUCAUAAAAUACCAUAGAACACAUGUUGUCUUAUGAUAUUUCAACAGCGUGGCAGCAACAGUUAUUUCCUCUUAAUGUCCACAGUGUUAGCAUGGUUAGCAUUGUUAAGCCUCUGUCCUGAUUGACAGGUCCAUAGUUUACUAAAUGAACAUCAUGCUAUUAUUGAAGAAGACUUGAAACUAGCGAUUGAGAUCAUAAAGUCACUAUGAACAUGUUUACUGAGCUGGAGCCAGUGGAGUCGCGGUGGAGCCAGUGGAGUCGCCCCCUGCUGGAAGUUAGAGAGAAUGCAGUUUGUAGGAGCUUCAGCAUUGGCUUCACUUUUAUACUUGGGAGUAACUUUUAUUUAUGUGUAUGUUAUGUUUAUGGAGUAUUGGCGGAUAAAAUUAUGUUUUUUCAUAGACAAUGUCACAGACGUAUGCCAUUAAUUGGAAUGGGCCCUCACCUCUCCGACACCCAGUGGCCCAUUGGCUGAUAUUUGGGUGAGUGUAUACUACUGGUUGGCGUUUAUAUUUUCAAAAAAUCUUUGUACCCAACUUGAAUGCUACCUGUAAUGUGUUGGAUGAAGCUACAAGCUGGAACAUGUUGGCAUGUAGCAGCUAUUGUUUCUGUGCAUUUAUGUUCUCGAUAAUGUUGUAAAUGUUUUGUUUUGUGACUUUAAAAAGGCAAGGAGAUUUGCUCAAAAAUAUUUUUUUUUACCGUUUUUUUUUUUUUGUUCAUGGGACGUUAGUGAUGAUAACAUUACUAUCAGGCAGUUUGGUAGUUUCCAGAGAAGGAAGCUUUCUGUUUCUGUUAUACAUGAUUAAUGUGUGUUUAUUUGAUUGUUAUCAGAGUGUACUGAAGUGAAACAGCUCAGCCAGCUACAGAGAAGGGGGUUUCUGGGGGUGAAAACGACACAGCAGAUCUAGCUCAGUAAUUCAGUUUAAACAUAACCAGCUUCAAUGGAACUAGUUCUUACUCAUUGCCCUGAGUCAGACAUGAACUAAUGCCUUAAAUAUCUGUCUGGUUAGGCCAGUGUGUUCAAACCUAACCCCCCUAAUCUUUUAAGUAUAUGUUUGUCUAUGAGCAGCAGCUGCACAAUUCUUUUUUUAUUGACCUUUAUUUAUUCAGGGAAAGUCCACUGAGAUGCAGCCGUUGAUAACAUUCACAGUUUACCAUUCGUACCUGGAAGCUGCCCAGCACAAACACAGUCUGAUCACUGAGCAGCUGGUUGGGGUUAAGGGCCUUGCUCAAGGGCACCUCAGCGAUGGUUAUAAGGGAUUUAAAUAUUAACCGUCUGGCUGUUAAAACACAGGAUGUUGUUCCUGGAUUAUUUGCCUGUUUUACAACUUCUCGCUGGCUGAGUUACACUGAACAAAGAACCCUAAUUUACCUAAAUCAGCAAUCUAUCUGAAAAUCUAUCUGUGAUAGAAUGAAUAGCUUUCUGGUUCAAAAGUGAACCUUUUUUCACCAACUGUUUGAGGAAGUUGAUUAAACGUUGACAUAUAGCCAACAUUUUCCCAGGAUUUGCAAUAUUUACAUUUUUUAUCCUGUACAAAGUAAUAAAUAAGUAAAUAAUAACCUAUAGCAAUUUUGAAACCUAACUAAGAAACCAAAUCCACAUUUCUCGGGUAAAUAUCAGUAAAUCUGUUUCCAAUUAAAUUACAAAGAAAACCAUGUAACACAGGCUUCAAUACAUCUGUAUUAAUUAAGAAACAAUUUAAAUAUCACAAUGAACACAUUUGCAAUGAAAUACAAAUAAAAACUAAAAUACAACUCACAACUCAACAAAUGAUGGAAAUGAUUGAUUUGACACAAUGCUUUAAACACAAUUUGAAAGUAGUAGUUGUCAGGACGGUUGUUGUUGAUCUCUGGAGUGAUUGACAGAAAAAAAACAGACAGGUUUUAGUUCAGUGGCUUCCACUCAAAUGUUAUUCAGUAGAAAACUGCUUAUUAAGCAGAUAAGGCAGGAUGAGUUCAGGUACAACAGGAGAGGAAGCAGCAGCCAUCUUUACUGAGCAGUUUGGUUAUUCAUAUUUAAUUCCAGUACUUCUUUUCUGCCCCACUAUUUGCGUUCUUGCUACGCACUUUGUAUGUUUGUUUGUCUUUUUUUACUUUUUACAUAGGCCUAGGUAGUCAUUUUGGGGUUCCUAAUACUUAACUGUGUGUGUUGAUCUCUCUGUGUACAGCUUCAUGUCUGAUUCUGUCUUCCUGUAGACUGUGUGUACCAUUGAGAGUCAGAUUCUGACCACUGGUUAAAAAUAAUUAUAAUAAUAGUAAAAGCAUCCAAUCGUC